AUGACAACAAAUUCAGCAACUAGCGAUGCCACUCGCAAGCGCGCAUUAUCUGAAAGCGCACAGCUGCAUACCCCGCAAAGCAAGGCACCCAAGGGCACAUCGGCUCUUCCCUAUGAGGAAUAUGAGUUCAUCAGCCAUGAGAACAAGUUCACAGCAAUCGAGAAGCAAGCCAAGGUUUUAUACAAUCUGUGGUUUGUUGUUAAGCAGCCUUUGAACAGUUUUGGACAUAUCGUCGAUGUGAAAAACAAUCCAGUGUAUCUCGAAUUCAGCGGAUCCAAGAAGAAUGGACGGGUUGCUGUGGUUUCCUCGCACAAAUUCACUGUGGUCAGCAUCUGCCCAGAGGGUGCCAUAUAUGACGUGCUGGAGGCAGGAAACGUCAGCAGAGUGCUGACAGCCUAUUGCAGCGACGAGUUCCUGAUUAUGGAGGACUGUGGCGAUUCGGGAUACAGCAGCUCACAGUCGUACAAUAGCCGGUCAACAGUUCUCGAGUUGGACGACUAUAACGAGUAUAUGAAGAAAACCACCAGCCAUUUCAACAUCCAGCGCCAAACACUUAAUCUUAUUCGGGACAAGCUGAUACACGACGACGGCAGCUCUGAGGUGGCCAGCAAGCUGGGAAUGGUUAAGCGGUUUUCCGAAGUGCUCAAGAUGAUGAGUAGCACGGAUUUUAGCGACUUACCGUUGGAAAAGCCCAAUAAUAAGCCGUUUUUUAUAGAUUACAGCACCGUCCAUAUUCUGGUAGAGGCGACUGUGGGAUCAUUUCGUGGCAACCUUCCCCUGGAGGUGCUGGGGCAGAUGGCUGAGAACAUUACCAAAAUUAUUUACUACAUGAGACAUGGCGCAUUUUUGGGGAUAGUAACCUGCGUGCUUUACACAGAGCUGUGGUUUGUCAUGAAACAGUCCUUGAGCAAAUUCGACCACUUUGUCGACGCCGUCAAAACACCCCGCAUCGGCGACAUAAUCAAAAAAGAGGUGGGCCUCCAAGGCCGCGCCUCAUACGUGGUCAGAACUAAAUUCGGCGAAAAUGAAGCUGUGCUCAAGCUGUCGUGGACACACGUCGAUCGCCACCCUGAGGGUGGUGUGUAUGAGGUGCUAGAAGCGGGCAACGUUGGGGACGACAUUUUGAGAUACUGGCUCGAGUACCUAAUCAUGGAGGACUGCGGUGAGGCAGGCGUGCUCCAUUGCAACAUUUCCCCGGAAAACAUUACUUGGCGCGAAAAGGACACAUUUGUCAUAGGCUGGGGAUGCGCAAGGAUUCUGCCCGACAUACCGGAGGCUGUGUUGAAGCGUGUUGGCGAGUCGUGGGACAUUGUCAUUGACGAGCUGUUGUAUACUGAAAGCAAAUGCAAUCAGGGUACGGGCACGGAAUGCUUCAAAAGCGUUCGGGUGCUAGAUGGGCAUGUUAAGCGCAGAACUUUAGACGACAUUGAGUCUCUGCUCUACAUCAUGCUAACUGGCUUUUUAUACAUCGGUCCAAAAAGAAUCAACAUGCGGGCGCCGAUAUACCAGGGAAUCUUUGCAGGACUAUCAGCAUUGGCAAAAGUCGGAAUGGUGUCUAUCGACAAUAGCUACCCUGGGUACCUUGGCGUCAAUGAUUCCUGCUUUAACACUGACAAGAACAACGACAAUGUGGACGAUAUUGAUGACGACGGAGACGAUGGCGACAAAGCAAAUUGUGACGGGGACAAUGGCGGUGAUGAGGACGAUAAUGAUGGGCACAACAAUAAUGAUGAUUGUGCCAGUUCAAAGCUCACUGUUGCGUCCGUUGUCAAACCAACAGCUCAGUCUGCAACUACAACAACAGGCACCACAAAGCCCGCCGCUUGCGAAACCCCAGCAGCCACUGCAGAUUCGACGAGUGAAUCUCUGAUGGAACAGCUGCCGACCCAACCCCGUCUUGUGAAUCUUCGCCAACGCAUUCUUCCGAGCGACUACCACCACCGGCUUUAA